UAAUUCAUUCACUCAUCGCAUUUCUUCGACAAUAAAUUAUACUACUAAAACACAACUUCUAUUGACGUAAAACCGAACAAACAUCAAAAUUUGCCACAUACCUUAUUUACGACCAGUAACGUGAUAGUGUAAAUUAAAGGCAUUCACUAUUCGAUAAAAGCUGCAAUUAUGGGCAUAAAGGACUUUUACGAUGGAUGCGAUAUCUUCAUAACAGGUGGCACCGGAUUCAUGGGCAAAGUUUUGAUCGAAAAACUACUGCGAUCGUGCCCGGGAAUCAGAAACGUUUAUGUUUUAAUGAGACAUCGCAAAGACAAGUGUAUAACUGAUAGAGUCAAAGACAUGUUGGAGUUACCGCUGUUCGAUAAGAUAAAAACGGAACAUCCAGGUGUCGCAGAAAAUAAAAUAGUUCCUUUAUUUGGUGACUUGAGCGAAAUCCGACUGGGGAUGAGUGAUGACGAUUACAACAUGUUGGUCCGUAACGUUAACAUCGUUUUUCACGUAGCUGCGACGGUUCGAUUUGACGAGCCUAUUCGAGAUGCGAUCAUCAAAAACGUGAGAGGAACGCGAGAAGUCGUGGAAUUAGCUGCACAAAUGAAAAACCUCAUGGUAUUUUUACACGUGUCAACGACCUAUUGCAAUUGUAACAGAGUUUACGUGGACGAGAAAGUGUACGAAUCGCCGAUCAAUUGGCAGGACGCAAUUUUGAUUGCAGAAAAUCUAGAUCCCAAGUUAUCUGAAACGUUAACGACAAAAUUGUUGGGAUCAUUUCCGAAUACGUACACAUUCACGAAACUAUUGGCUGAGCAAAUAAUCAGCGAGAAAUCGGCCAAGUCGAAUCACAACAACAACAAUAAUAUGCCAAUGGUCAUAUUCAGACCGUCGAUAGUAAUAUCAUCGAUCGCCGAGCCCGUACUUGGAUGGAUAGAUAACGUUAAUGGACCGAUCGGCCUCAUGGUGGCGUGCGGUAAAGGCAUAACGCAGGUCACACUGGUUAAUAAUGAUUCCACCCCAGACUUUAUGGCCGUCGACGUUUCGAUCAAGGCGAUGAUCGUGGCAGCUUAUCACCGUGGGAUACACAACUCGUCGUCGGACAACCCACUGACGGUGUACAACUCAUCGUCGGUUAAGAAGUCGAUUACCAACGGCCAAAUUAUGCAAUUCGCAGUAAAGUAUUUUAUAUUGCAUCCGUUCGAUGAGAUUUUAUGGAGGCCGAGAAUUUUAAUUACGGGUUCAAAACGGCUCUUUUACUAUCUCACAAUUAUCCAACAAGUUUUACCGGCUAUGCUCAUCGAUUUCGUACUGAAGACUACCGGACAACCACAAACAACUAACUUGGUAAAUUUGCAACGAAAAAUAUAUAUAGCGACAAUGGCGUUGUCGAAUUUCACUUUGAAGACGUGGACGUUCAAAAAUGCGAAUUUCUUAAGUCUGCUCACACACAUCCCGGAAGAUGAAAAAGACGAUUUCGAUUUCGACUUCAACGAUUUAAAUGUAGAAGAUGCGUUUAUAACUUGCCUUACUGGAGCGCAAAAAUAUUUGUUCAAUACCAAUUCCAACAAAAUAACGCAAGCGAGGAAGAAAAUGAAAAAAUUGGUUUGGAUUGACAGAGUUUGGAUAACAAUAUUAUUUAUUUUUAUUGCCUACUGCUUAUAUUCAAUCAUAUCCUCGAGAUUUUGAAUAUUAUAAUAUUUAAAACGAUUUUGAAAAUAUACUUUUAGUCAUAAUGAUAUAUUAUAUAUAUAUUAUCAUAUAGUCUGUUGUGUAAUGAUUUGUAUAAGAUUUAUAAAAACAUUAAAAAAUGUAUACGAUGACUGCCAUGAUAUAAUAAAUUGUGCAAAUAAAUAUACAUCGUCAAGAUUAACUUAAAAUAGUCA